AUGUUUCGCCCUGGCUAUUGGGACGACGAUCCGAUGGAGGGGGUCCUAGGCUCCUCCAUGCUCCGUCAUGGAGCCGCUACACGCCGCUUCGAUGAAUAUUACCGCUGUUACCCCGUCGCGAUGUUGCCUGGUCCAGAGAGAGAAAACGUCAACCAUGGCGGCAAGGUGAUCAUGCCUCCUAGUGCUCUAGACAAAUUAACUAGGUUACAUAUCACAUAUCCCAUGCUAUUCGAGUUGCAUAAUGGUGCAAAAGAGAGGAUGACGCAUGCGGGUGUUCUGGAAUUCAUUGCUGAGGAGGGGAAAAUUUAUCUGCCAUUCUGGCUCAUGCAAACUUUACUACUCGAGCCUGGUGACCUAGUUCAGGUCAAAUCAACCGAUCUUCCUCCCGGCCAAUUCAUUAAACUUCAAGCCCAGUCAACCUCUUUUCUUGACAUCAGCGAUCCAAAAGCAGUGUUAGAAAACGCUUUUCGGAAUUUCUCCUGUCUCACGAAGGGCGAUGUCUUCACUUUUGCUUAUAACGACCAGGUCUACGAAAUGGCGGUUCUCGAGACCAAGCCAUCGAACAACACCAACGCCGUCUCUGUGCUGGAAACUGAUCUAGAGGUUGAUUUUGCACCGCCAGUAGGGUAUGAAGAGAUUCAACGCCCGACUCCCCUCUGGGGUCUACUUCAUCCGCACGGGACAAUGGCUCAAGCGAUCAACUACGCGGCCAUUGCUCCAGAGUCCACCGACGCAGCUGCAGGUGCAAAAGCAGUAUCAUCAAACUUUCUUCUUGGAGGGCAGCGCUUGAAUGCGAAGAAGGGUAGAGCUACGAAUCCUCAGCACCCACCCCCUGCUAGACGCACCAAUGGCCCACAGCCACUUAGGCUUCCACACAACCAGCUAUUUUUGGGAUAUGCAAUAAAGCCUGUCAAGAAGCGUGGGGAGGACGGACAGGCCAUUGAAAAGCCGCGCUUUCAGGGAACAGGCCAGACAUUACGAGGAAAGAAGAGAGAGCCAGGAGACUCCGCUACGCCGACGUCAGGAAGUGAUGCGGAAAGUCACAAGGGCAAAGAACGCAACCAGAAGUCUCACGGGAGUGGGCGAACCCUUGGCGGUACUAAGCGCUGA